GCCAUACAAGUAGAGCAAGCCUUUAAAAAGGUUGAAUGUAAAAUAUUUAUAGGCACAUGGAAUACCCUGAACAAAGCUAGCUUGCGCAUUUUAAGUUCCUUUAGCAAGCAACCUGCCUCGAAGCGUUCCCGCCUUCUUCUCCGCCCUCCUUUUUAGCAGCUUCGCUAAUUCCUCUCCAGUUAUACAGCUCGGUUGCGCUCAGCAACAGCAUGGGCUAUACGCUUUGCGAUUUCAAUAAAUCCACGUUUUGCCGGUUUCACUCCCUGGGACUACGGAGGGAGUUUGCUUUUUAGUGGUUGAGAUUAUAAGAGGUGACAAAACCUCUUCGACCAGCCAGACGGACCAGUUGGAUACUUUCGUAUAGAUCUUUCUGAAGGAAUAGGGGUGUUUUGUUUUGUUUUUGCUCAGCUUUUGGAAGUUUGAAGUACCGAGGCAUCAUUCCUAAGGGACUAGAAACCUGGUGUGUUUAAAGCAAAUGGCUCACCCGAAAGGUCUCUCCAAUGGACAUCUACACUGCCGUCAGAAAAAAAAUAACGUCUUAAAACACGGGAUCCACAAAAAAAACGGCGUGGUUAAGGAAACUAAGGAAAAUGGUGUAGCAAAUGGAACUGUCUAUAAACGACCAUUUAAUGAAUCCUUUGAACAACCAUCCAUGUUUGUUUCUGUGCUUACAUUUCUUGGUUUUCUAUUUGCAACAUUGUUUGGCUACUUGCGAGAUUUCUUAAGAGACCACGGAAUACACAAAAAGGUUGGCACUACCGAACGGAAAGAGCAAAUGGAUUUUGUCCCACUUUAUCAAGAUUUUGAACACUUUUUUACAAGAAACUUCUAUAUGAGAAUAAGAGAUAACUUGAACCGCCCUAUCUGCAGUGCUCCCGGACCAAAAAUUGACCUGUUGGAACGUGUUUCAGAUGACAACAACUGGACAUUUAGGUUCACUGGAAGGAUAAUCAAGAAUGUAAUCAAUAUGGGUUCAUAUAAUUACCUUGGCUUUGCAGAAACUGACCAAAAUGCUUUGAAAACAGUGAAUUCAGUGUUAAAUAAUUAUGGCACAGGAAUAUGUAGCACCAGUCAGGAAAUGGGAAACUUGGAUAAACAUAUAGAGUUAGAAAAUACGGUAGCACAAUUCCUUGGUGUUGAAGCAGCUCUGUCAUUUGGUAUGGGAUUUGCUACAAAUUCUAUGAAUAUUCCAGCAUUAGUAGGGAAGGGUUGUCUAAUUUUAAGUGAUGAGUUGAACCAUGCUUCACUUGUUCUUGGUGCAAGGCUGUCUGGUGCUACUAUUAGAGUCUUUAAGCACAACAAUAUGCAGAGCUUAGAAAAGCUUUUGAAGGAUGCAGUAAUACAGGGACAACCUCGAAGCCGAAGAGCAUGGAAAAAAAUUCUUAUUCUAGUAGAGGGCAUUUAUAGCAUGGAAGGCUCUAUUGUACGCUUGCCAGAAGUUGUUUCCUUAAAGAGAAAAUACAAAGCCUACGUCUACUUGGACGAAGCCCACAGCAUAGGUGCUGUUGGUCCUACAGGAAGAGGAGUUGUGGAAUACUUUGGAAUGGAUCCUAAUGAUAUUGAUGUAUUGAUGGGAACAUUCACAAAAAGUUUUGGAGCAGCUGGAGGUUAUAUUGCUGGCAAAAAGGAAUUAGUGGACUACCUACGAAUUCAUUCACAUAGUGCAAUUUAUGCCACAUCUAUGGCUCCUCCUGUAGCAGAACAAAUUAUAAGAGCAAUGAAAUGCGUCAUGGGACUAGAUGGGACAACACAAGGACGUCAGCGGAUCAGUCAGCUAGCAGAAAAUACGAGGUACUUCAGAAGAAGAUUACGUGAAUUAGGAUUCAUUGUUUAUGGCAAUGACGAUUCUCCAGUUGUGCCUUUACUUCUUUAUUUACCUGGUAAAAUUGGGGCUUUUGCAAGACUCAUGUUAUCCAAAAACAUUGGUGUGGUUAUAGUUGGCUUCCCAGCUACCCCAAUCACAGAAUCUAGGGCUCGGUUUUGUGUGUCCACUGCUCAUACACGAGAGAUGCUAGACACGGUCCUGAACGCUCUGGAUGAACUGGGUGAUUUUUUGUAUCUGAAAUAUUCCCGGCAUGCUAAGUCAUCUCGUCCUGAACUGUAUGAUGAAACAAGCUUUGAACUUGAAGAUUAAGUUUCCCUCCCGUUACAGAGAAACCGUAAUGAUGUUACAAGGAGGAGAUGGGGCUCUCAACAAUAGGAAUGCAUUUUUGUUUUCCCAAGGAUGGUUUUUGCUUCACAGUUAAAGUGAUCCAAGAGAAGCAUUUUAUGUCUGUUUUUACCAGAUUGGAUUCUGUCUGCAAAGGACUAGAACAUUGUUGCGGUUCUCUCACCAGGAAAUACAAGUAUUAUUGUUAUUGUUCUUAUUAUUAGACACCCCCCCCCAAAGACUUUAACUGCUAAAUCAGUUGCUAUUACACAGCUCUUGUUGCUGUUUUAGGAGCAGAGUUUGGAAAAAUUUAAUUAUGAUAACACUUUUUAAAAUGAAUUGGAAUAUCAUAUAAUAGCUGAAAAAAAGUUAUCUUGUUAAAUUGGCUCUUCUUUAUAGAAGAGGUAUAUCUCCGUUGCAGCUUACCAGGAUUUAGGCAAAAAAUCAAGUAGAAAUACUUUGACAUACUGAGUAAACAGGAGCCUGAUUCAGGGUUAGUCAAUGGUCUUUCAUGGUUUUGUGUAACUUUUAAGUAUUAUUGUUAGAAAGUUUUGAGUAAAGAAAAAAAAAAACAAUUCAUCUUUGCUGCUUGGUAUUUUUAAAAAAUCUUUUUAUAUUUCAAUUGAUAACCAAGGAUAAGCCCAAAACAAUGUUAAUUCAGAUUCAACAUUGUUGAAUUGUUUGAAUUAUUUCAUAAUUUAAAGGAGGAUUACUUAUUUAAUUUUCAGGUAGGUUUUUAGAGUUGUCACACACAGUUUUAAUAACCAUUUCACUUUUUCCCAUUUGCAUUGUGUUAAGCGUUUCGAUAUGAAAACAGCAGAUGUCAUUUCUCCAAGAAUAUUUGUUUGUUCCGUAAGCAUACCGCUGAAUCAAAAUACUCAGGCUAUUACAGAAUAUAAUCCUCAAAAGAUCUUACCAUUUGUGACUGACAAAUGAAAGAACUAGCUGAAAGAACUAGCCCUUUUACUUUAUUACUUCAGUGAGAUAUGUGCUUAAUAAAGGAGACCACAGUGAAUGUUCUUUUCUAGAAGGUUGAUAUGUCCAUCUUUUAAUUGAGGUUAAAAUUAUUAACUGCUCUUAAAACAUAACCAGUUGAUUUGAAAACAGCAUUUGGAGAUUAAAGGAACAAGCGGAUAUAAUUCCAUUUCUGUUUCACCAAAUGAAUAAGACCAGGACUAAUGAGAAUAUAUACCACUGUCUUCAGACUGUGGUCCAGCCUCAACAAUUAAGGUCUCAGAUAGCUAUAUGCACACACACAUACUCUAAGAUAACUGGUUGAAAGGUAUUUCUAUCACUUUUGAGAGAGAUAGAAUCAUCCUGAAAGUCUCACGGUACUGUAAACAAGUCUGAUGAAGAGAUGGCUUAGCUUUCUGUUUCACAGAUGUAUUUCACUUUCAUGUUCUUGAAAAGCUGUGGCAUCCACUUAACACACAGCUGCAAAAUUAGAUUUAAGAACUGAACAAUUAAAUUUUGGAAUACCAAUUACAGUAUGGGAUUCCCAUGCUUGUUAAAGCAGCUUUGAGGAUAAAACGAGGCUAGUUUUGAGCUCCCUUUUUGUUAUUCAAUUUAAUAAAAUUCAAUAAAAUAUAAUGUUAAAAAUGGACCACUGUGCAUUCCAGAAUAUCCGGUCUCCACUUCAGAAGUAUAGGAGGGCAAAAGGAGUGAAUUGUACAGUGUUGUAUGAUCGUUCAUGUUGGCGAAUGAACUUGAGAAACACUAAACGGGCCCAUGUUUGUGCAUUGUACUAAAACUACUGUAUAAAAAUAAAGGAUGUUUUGGUGUGUUUUUUAAAAUAUUUGAAAUUGGUUCAUUUCUUGGUCAUAAAAAAAAAAUUGGCACAAUGACUCGGGAACAAUCUGCCCCUGAUGAAUGGCCAUAUGUUACAAAGAAACUGUGUUUUACAAGUGUUACAAAAUUUCCAGAAGACCCUGUUCCCAGUGUCUUUUUCUCCAUAAUUCUCUUCAACCACUAGCAAUUGCUUUUGCCUGUUUCACUGUAUUUCUAUGCUUGGAACAGUCUACUAAGAGCAGAUGCUGGAAAGAGCAAGCUGCUCUGAUCAUGAUCAAAGAAAGCAGGAUUCUGGCUUAAUGCAGUACAUAGUUAUGCUGCCUGAAGCAGAAGAAAUGUGUGUUGAAUGAAUUCUGAAGUUUGUUGUUAAAGCCGUCUUGAUUUUUUUGUUCCCAUGUGCAGUAUGGCCAUUCAUAUAACUAUAAUGGUGAACUUAAAGAAAAGCGGCCAUCUUAUCUGGUUUUGCUGUUUUCACCUUAAUUUCUCCUGACUUACGCUAAUUUUCACAUCUGUAAUUAAAUAGCAGAAUCAAAUGUUUCUCGCUAUAUCUGGCAAUUAGCACAUAAGGGAGCUUCUUCUGCUUGUAGCCACAAUCUAGUUUUCUAAGCUAUUGAAAGCACUAAAGAGGUUCUACAAAUGCCGUGACUUCAAUUUUUUUUUCUUUGCUCGAGUUAACAUAUUCAAAAGUGGAAAUCAAUGUAUUUUGACCAAUAAAACCGCCAAGAACGGGGGAGGGGAAAUCACAUGAAAGAAAAUCUGCCUCUUUAUCAUGACUUUCAGUAGCAUGGACUCAAGAAGACUAGAGAGCCAUAAAUAAGAGUGCAGAGCAGUGGUGGGAUUCAGAUAUGAACAACCGGUUCUCUGUGUUGAUGCCGCUUCCGGAAGUCCAUUCUGGGCCUAGGCAACAAAAAGUUAGCUACCAGUUCUGUCGAAGUGGUGCGAACCGGCUGAAUCCCACCAUUGGUGCAGAGAAUUAUAUAUGAACUACUAUCUAAAAAAAAAUUUCUUCCAGGAUAAAGAAAUCUAUCAAGGCCAUCUAAAAUGCACUGUGAGGAUUUUGGCCAACCUCCCUAAAAUCUUUUACUUUGCUUCUUGGCUCCAAUGUUUUGGAAGCAGGGAAAUAAUAUUUAAAAUGUCAAAAUACAGCAAUUAUAAAAUCAGAUCAAAAGUGCAUUAUUUGGUGCAAAAGAAGAAAACUUUCCAGAAAACCUAUUGGGGAAAAUUAAUGAUUGGCCAUAGCUCAGAAGUUUCUCUGUCUAGAGCACACUUGUCUCAUUGAGGAUAACAGAGGAGGACCAUAAUUGUUAAACCAAAGCAGUUUCAGCAGACGAGAACUAUUAAGGACAAGAGUCCAGUGCUCAGAGUUUUAAUAUUUGUCUAACACACUGGUUCUCAACCUUUUUAAUGCCGCGACCCCCAACCGGUCGUAAGUCGAGGACUACUGAACCGGUCAUAA